AUGGGCACCUACUUGGAGCUGCCCACCUGUGCGAGGAUGCCCAUCCUGCGACUGGCGACCUGGCAGUCUCUCCAAGGAACCGCAAGAGAUGCAGUGAAGUUUGCCAUCAGUGUUGGGUACCGCCACUUUGAUUGUGCCUCCCUGUACCAGAACGAGAGUGAGAUCGGGGAUGCACUACGAGAAAAAAUUGAGGAGAGGAUUGUGAGGCGAGAAGAGCUCUUUAUUGUCAGUAAGCUGUGGUCCACCUUCCAUGAGAGAUCCCUGGUCAAGGAGGCAUGCCAGAAAACCCUUGCUGCCCUCCAACUGGAUUAUUUGGAUCUCUACCUGAUGCACUGGCCCAUGGGAUUCAAGGACAUAAUGUCAAACCUCUGCAUGGAGUGCCGAGAAGGAAAGAUUCAAAGAACUGUGAGUGUAAUUCCCAAAUCUGUCACCCCACACCGUAUUGAGGAAAAUUUUAAGGUGUUUGAUUUUGAAUUGGCUAAAGAGGAGAUGGAAACCUUCCUUGCUUUCAAGAAGCAGUAUCGCAUCUGUGCAUUAAGCAA